UAAAAAUGAAUGCAUGUGGCAACUGUUAUGAAUGAGGGGUCAUCAUUGGGCCCAUGACUGGCUGGUGCCAGACUCAUGCCUACCAGAAGUUCAUGAGCCAUUAUCUUAAUGCUCUCAAAGAAGGGAUCCAAGAUUGGAAAUCAAUGAUUGAAGAGCACAAGGCCGGAAAGAUUUACAAAGAUGUAAGAAAGACUGAGCAGUGAUUGUUCAGAAAUGAAGAUGCUCUUGCUAAAAUUAUCUUCGUCAAUACAUAUGAAUGGGCAUUCCAUGGGGGUGCUUACAAUACAACAGUGCUUAUAGAUAUAAACCAGUCAGGUAAUAAUUACCAGAGAUGACACAUCCCUAAAUUCAAGUCGUUAAUGCUCCCAAAAAUUGUCAGAUUUGUCAUUGAAAAAGACUUACAUAUGUGUAGGAAGAGGUAUGCACAGUACUUAUCUCUCAGCAAAAAGGAUAUAUCUCAUUUAGAGGUCGUCUCAAAGAGAGAGGAUGAAAAGCUAGGAUGGUGCUUGCCUCUCAUCCUGAGAAAUACAUAUGGCUUGUCGUAUUUAAAGAUCUCUGGGUUCACAAUCUCAGUAUUGGAGUUAAAGCGUAUUCUUUACCCUUCAGGGCUACCUUUAUCAUUGGAAUUGAACAAUUGUAAGAUAGUUCAGAUUGGUAAACCCUACCUCCCUUCUUACAAAUCUGAUGAUUCAAGCAAGAUAAAUAAACUUUACUGAGUAUCUCUCACCCAAUGUGCUCUUAAAAUUGAUGAAGAAGACCUUGUCAAAUUGGUGACAGAAUUAUCUCCGAAAAUUAAGCUACACAUCAUGAGUUAAU